AGCUUCUCCUUAUAUGGUUGAGCCGUGACGGCAGCAGUGUGGAGGCUGGUUCUAGGGAAGGGAAGCCCACCUUGCAUUGUUACUAUCCCCUGCCUGGAAUGUGAUGUCUGAGCCCUGCACUGCAGGGAAGAGAAGGGGGGAAGAGCUGCUCAGGAAACCGAGCCGCCGCCACCUACUCCAGGGACUUUCUUCCUUUCCUGUGCCAUUAUACACCAGGCAGAAAUGCAGACCUUUCAUCACAGAACAAGUCUGAGGCAUUGAUGUAUUCAUAACUGGAAUGUAUGCAUUUUGAAAGGCUAAGAUGGUCUCUGGAUGUCAAUCAAUGUGUGCUUAUCAAGAAGAAAAAGGAUAAUUGGUAAUCUCAUUCUUGGAUUUUACAUUACCAAAUAAAAUUGUUAAAACUCCUGUAAGAGGCAUUCAUAUACAGUGCAAAAUGGAGCAUUCAAGUCGUCAUCUGCGAUUUAAGCUACAAAGUCUUAGCAGACGUUUGGAUGACCUUGAAGAAGCAACUAGGAACCUACAAAAGGCAGAAGAUGAGGUUCUUGAUCUUCAGGAUAAAAUUAUUCAAGCAGAAGGGAGUAAUUCAAGCAUGCUGGCAGAGGCAGAAGGGUUAAGGAAAAGAGUGAUGAAGCUUGAAGGGAAAGAUGAAGAAGUUAAGAAGGCUGAGGAUUUAUGCAGGCUUAUAAAAGAAAAGCUAGAAAAUGAAGAAAAUAUUACCCGGGAACUUAGACUAGAAAUUGAGCAACUCCAAAAAAGAAUGAGUGAGCUAGAGAAGUUGGAAGACUCUUUUAGCAAGAGCAAAAGUGAUUGCUCUCAACUCUGUCUUGGCUUGAAUGAAGAAAAAAAUAUGUCAAAGAAGUUAUCUUCUGAACUGGAAUUACUAAGGACCAGGGUAAGAGAACUGGAAUCUUCUGAAAGUAGGCUGGAUAAAGCUGAACAACUAUUAACCAGCGAGCUAGAGAAAAUUAAGACUUUAACACUUAGUUUUGUUAAUGAAAGAAAACGUUUCUUAGAGAGAGAGAAGCAAAAUGAAAAAUUAAUAUUGGAACUUAAAGAGCAACUGGAAGUAAAAGAGAAAACAGGAGAACAGAGCAGAAAUGAAUCCAAUCUUUUGGAGAGACCCUCUGAUCAGCAUGGAGAACACAACAGUUUCAAAAUUGAAGACACACUAACUUCUAAAAUAUCACGCAGAGUAGGUUCUGAUUAUGUUAAACAGUCUGAAAUUCAAACGAGCAGCGAAAAUGAAAAGAAUAAACAUCAAGAAGACAACAAAAUAAAAGAACUAAACCAAGAAAUUGAGAAACUUAAGAAUCAGUUUAAACACUUUGCUGAUUUAGAGGAAGAACUGAAAGAACUUAAAGAAAAAAACUGUGAACUACAAGAUAAUGUCAUCAGCGAGCAGAAUAAAAACAAACAAGUAACUGAUGAAUUACAGACUUUAAAAAGGCAAGCUAACGAGUUUAGAGAAGUUGAAAACGGAGUUCUGGAGAGUGAUGAUCUAUCACACAAUCAAAUAAAAAUUGAAACCAAUAGAAUGGCAUCCACUGAACCACCCAUUUCAAAAUAUACUCCUCGAGAUGAAUCCCCUCAACAUUUGAGGCGUGAAAGGUCUCGAAAUACAGAAUCUCUUUAUAAGAGGCAAUUAUCAAACAGUAGCUCAAGCAGUAGAAAGUCCUCAAGAUCUCCUCUGAACGAUACCACAAUCGGAAACCUACGGAAACCAGAGGAUAAAAUAUCAGUGUCAUAUUUUUCAAGUGGUAAAGAUUUUGGUUCUACACAAAAUGACAUAAAAAAAUUAAAAGAUCAGCCAUCUGUUUUAAGUAGGUAUCCACCAGCUGUUCAAGAGCAAAGUACUCCAAAGUCCUGGAAAGCUUCUACAGGUAAACAAACAGACAGGUCGAUGAAACUUUUUGGUGAAGACUAUUCCAGUAAAGCUAACUCAAAGAAAGAAAUUUCAUUAGAUAAUGUAGAGAUUAAAGGGAAACCAUUUUUAGAGUCUUUUGAGAACAAAGUUACUACAAACGUUCAUGAAGAAAUCAUUCCAGCUGAAAACUGUUCAGUAUCAUCUACACUGUGCUCAGAUUGGGUUAAUCACAGCUCGGAUCUUAGUAAUGCCGAGGAGAAUGGUGAUUUUAAUGUGGAAAAUGAACUUGGUCCACGUUUAAACUCAGAGGAUGCAGUUAAAUCUAUAUCUAAAUAUCCAGGUCGUUCAGGAGGAGACGGCAUCACAAAUGAUAAUGGGCAAAAUGAAACCAAGCAAAAAUCUAUAUUUUCAAAUAAAGAGGAAUUUGAUUCACAAAGCAAUUCAACUUUAAAUUCACAACGAUCUUACUAUACUAGAGAGAAAUCGAGAUCUAAAUCCUCAAAGCCAUUAAUUCCAGAAAAACCACAUAUGUUGGAAAGUUUAGACUAUAGGGAACCUGAUAGAAAAGGUUCUAGGUUGUCAGGACUUCACACCAAGAGACAGUCCAGUCCUAAAGAAAGAAUGGCACUACAAGAAAACCUGAGGACAUCCUCUUUUGAAAAUCACGGUCCUUCUCUCCAAACAGAGUUAGUGACUGAAUCCUUUAGAAAUAUGUCCUCUUUCGAUGGCUUAGAUACAGAGAUUAGUUCUCACACAGCAACACGAACCAGAUCAUGUAGUCCAAGAGAAUCCUUGCAGUCCACAAUGAUCAUUAAGCCUAUUAUUAUUGAAAAAGAUAUAAAAGAAAGUAUGAGUGACUACAGGGCAAGAUCAAGCUCAGAGUCUAGCAGAUCUCAGGUAAAUUUGACACCAAACAAAGUGACGACCAGCAUAAAAAUUUAUCCAUCUGAAGCCAUCUCUCGCACAAGCACAGAUGACCCCACUAGAGAGAGGCAUACUUCAACGAGUAAUAUUAGGCUUUCUGCAAAUGAUCAGGCAGUUUUGAAAAACAACAUAAGUAUACCAUUUGAAAUAUCUAUUAACAAGGAGGAUAUGUUAUUUAAAGUGUCAAAUACAGAUAAGACUUUGGAUCACAAAGAAAUGACCAGGGCCAGUGAACACAGACUUCGGAAGGAGCGAGCAAAGGGAACUGAUAAUGAACUUGAGCGUGAACCAAUGACAUGGAAAAGUCAUAAGUUUGAAACUAACCAUGUGGACAGUAAACGGGGAACUGCUAAAAGUUCUUGGAGGAAAGGGGUCUAUGGUUCAACUGAAGAACUAGAUAGAAUUGACAGGGAUUUUUCUGAAACCAAAAGUAGACGUAAAUCAUGCUUUGAUGAGGAGAAGAAGCCUGUUAGGAUGCGUAACCACGAACUUUACUCAAGAAAUAAAAGUUCAAGUGUGAGCAGUUGGAGUACUACUCCAGAAUUUAUCUCUAAAAGGAGUCAGAGCACCCUAACUGCAACGGAGAUUGUGUCAAGAAGAAAUGUAUCAAAUGACUCCUUGUCGGGAUAUUCUUCCUGGAGCCGCUCAAGUGUUGAAGUUGAUGACAGUUUUAACUCCAGAAGAAAGUAUACGAGUGAGAGACCGGCAAGAACAGAUUCUGCUGGAUGGAGGCAGGCUCAAAACCCAAGACAAAAGGGCAUGGUGGAAGAACGAAUUCGACAAUUGGAGCACUGAAUUAUCCACUAAAAGGAGAAUGGUAAGAAAAAUGUCUGUGCUUUAAAAGAAGAUGGACGUUUAUCCACUCUACCUAAAGACGAUUGCUUGUUGAUUUCCUACUGCACUUCCUUCCAAGUAUUGAAUGGACCUCAGCCAAUGUGUAUAGCUGUGCAACUUUUUUUUUUUUAUUUCUUUAGCUUUAUCAGCCAUUCUGGCAAGGGAAUUACUGCAUGAUCUCUCAGGGUGAAAAGAAGGGCACAGAUAUUGCACCUGUAUAUAGGGCUCCGCAUUGGACAUGACUCUUUGGGGAUAUAUAUACACAUAUAUAUACUUUUAUAUAUUGAGGAAAACAUGGUUUGCAUGGCUACUGCUCUUAAAUGUGUAGGUACUGAAAGUACAUCGUUUUUAAAACUACUUUAACUUAUAUGUGCAGGGCAAGUAGAAAAUUUGCGUGCAAAUUCUUUGUACAGUCUGGUUCUGUUAAAUGAAUGCUAAGCAUGUAACUUUGUAUAAAUUACAGAUAAAUGUAUGUUUUUUUGCAGCAAAUUAUUGUAUAUGUAUAUAGGGGAAACAGAUGUUGAUUAUCAAAAUAAUGAUAAACCCUCCCCCGAGCACAAGCUUUUUAACACUUUUAACAUUUGUCAUAGACGCAGUCUUACUUUUAUCAUAAUAGUACUUAUUACUCAUUACGAGAUUUUUUUUUUUUUACAUUGUUUAUAUUAAACUCCAAAUUGUAUACUGACUACUAAAUAAAAUGUAUUCUUUAUUUACGAAUAUAAAAAUGUUUUUACAACGAAAAAAAACCAAAGGAUUUAUGUGAUAUGCACUUGGUUAACUAUCCUUCUUUUAUUUUAUUUUUUUAGUAGUCUUAAAUGUGCUUGUCACCUACACGCAGUGCAGAGGGAUAGUUGUGAAAUUAAUCAUGUGAUUGUUCCUGGGGAGUACUGUCACAAACCAUGGGAUUGUCUGGGGGUGUCCCUGCAGUGUUUGUAGGCAUAAGGUGUUCUAGUGCAGUGGCUCUUAGGACUUGUAACACCUUGUCAGCGUUGGGUUCUUGUAUUAAAGAAAAACAAAAUGUCUGAGCACAGCUAUAGACUGCAUUUAUUUCACAAGGGAUGGAAGUAAUUGGGCAGUGUAGAGGUGAUAAAAAAGUAAUGAGUUUCGGUGAGUUCUUUCUCUGUGAAUGGAUCAAAGGAAAACUCUGAUGGCAAUGCAAAACAAACAAAAUAAAAAGUUAGGCCUCUUGUACACUAGGCAGAAAAAAAAAUCCAGCUUUUACAGGCAAUUUGGCGUGUUUCUUUUUUUAACCUGUAAACCCACAUGUAUGUUGGCCUAUGUGUAUUUGCAUGCUUUUACCGUAUGUUUUAGUUUUUUUAGCAGCUUUUCUCAUUUGGAGCAGCUAAGCAAGCGCUCUUUGUGCAUUAGGUCUUAGGCAGUGUGGAGUUGUUAACAUGGAUGAAUGAGAAUUGAACCUCAACCCCCAGCACAGCAAGUAUUAAAUGCUCCUUUAGUGUAGGCGGUAAGGAAUAAGCAGAAAUACUUGCCUUUUUUAUUCCCCCAGCAGCCAGUGCUCUCCUUUUUCCUGUUAUGUAGACAGCCUGUAAUCUGUACAAUAUUGUGUCAGUGUACGUUUUACCAAGAUUGGCAAUAUUGGCACACGUUUAAAUUGUGGCAAAACAUGAGAUCACUUUGGGGUAUCUCCUUUUCGGGAUUUUUUUUUUCAAACUACCCUGCCAUUUUUCAUUCCUAUGUAUUUCUAACGAAGGAAAAAAAAAAACCUUUUGGUCCUUUUUUUUUUUUUUUUUUUUUUUUUAUAGUAAAAAAAACAAAAACCCAGUAGGUAAAAAAUGGCACCAAAAUAAACCUAUUAUCUAUCUAAAGAAUAUAACUUUUUUGAUCUGGAAAAAGGUAUUACAGGCUGAAACUCAAGUGGUUAUAGCUAAUUAAGAUGAUAAUGACCAUGAUUAGGGGUGGAGAAAUGGGCCAGGGACUAGCGUGAAUACUUCUGCAGAUUACUGAUUGAGAACCACUGCACUAAUACACCUUUCAAUGCAACUAUUUGCCAAAAACCGCAACUGGUUGGAGCUCCGUUAAAUUAAGCCUUUUUUCCCCUAUGAAAUUGAUAAAGCUGUCCAUAAAUUGUUUUUAUUCUAUUUUUUUUUUCUUCGGCCAGCUGGCUGAAGGGGAAAAAACAAAAAAAAACAAUGGAUUCCUCCUUCCAUGCAAGCAAGUUGGAAUAGAGGAUUCAUCCCCACUGAAAUGUAUUCCGAUAGCAAGGACCCUCACUGGGGCACUGAUCAGCGGCUGCAGUCUAUUGCUGAUCAACAAAAAAUUCCCAUUCGACAGUCAGAGGGUUCCUGCAAAACCGGUAAAUUUUCUAAUAUUCCAAACAGCUUAAAUUAUUUUGACAUGUGCCGAUAACGGAACAGAAAAUUGGAAAGUUAGCAGGAAAAUCAUCAUUAGUUUCUAUGGAUCUACUAAACACGUUUUGUAUUGAGGUAAAUUAUUUAAUACAAAUAACUGUAACAUAAAUGUUACUUAUUUUAGUCUUGUUUUACUUGGAUGACUAAGCAGCAUGCUACUGAUAUUUCUGAAUGUGUGAGCAUGCUGGAAAAAACUGCAUCAUUCUCUCUAUAGCUGUGUUAACAUGGGCUCCUUUGCGUUAUGUAGUAAGAUAUGCAAGGUGAACAACGUGUUUAGGUGUGGGUAUGUCAAGUUUUCCUACAAAAAAAAAAAAAAA